UUAUUCAAUCAAACUGCUGUGCUGUUUUUGUGUUUCCUCUUAGAAUUCUGGUAGUUUUUCCUCGUAGCGAGACAAGGUGUGUAAUUUCGUGAACGGUUUCCGUUGGUCCGCGGUUGCACGCGACCCGCGAUGAGGAUUACUAUGGCGAAGCAUGAAAAACGGAAAACUCAGCUGGAAAAUUGGUGUGUGCGAAUGAGCCAGCAUUUCUACUAUGUUUGACUAGCAGUGAUGUGAACGGUGACCGCAGGGGAUAAGACUUCACAAUAGAACCUCCGGUGGAUUUUCCUGAACGCAAGUCAUCAUCGUCAUCCGAAUGAGCCAUUGAAAGUGAGUGCAGUGUGUGGAAAAAAAAGCACAAAAACUACCGGGGAAUUUGCUACAAUAGCCCCACUGUCGUGAACUCAGUCGGAAAACAAGUGGAAACAACCCUUCGCCGAUGGCGUAUCAUAACUAAACACUGUCUAUCCUUAACAAAUAAUACCACAAAAACCUACAAGUAGUGAGUGUAGUGAAUCUAUAAGGCUUUGUAACUCGUAGUGUUUGUCUACCUCUGCUUAAGCUCCUAAGCGGAAUUGGCAUAUAACUAGGAAUACUAACAUCCGUUUCAUGAACUGUGUUUAGUAGCAGUAGAGACCCUCCUCGUCGUCCAACGCCCGCCCUGUACUCGUUAAUCGUACUGGUGUAAUCGUCUAUUCUAACAAGCAAACCAAAAAAAGAAAAGUGUCGUCGGUGUCUAUUGUUGUCAUUGUUGUUGAUGCUGCUGCUGCUGCUGUUGUUGUUACGCUGUUAGUGCAGUAUAGGAAAAAAGAGAAAAAUAUUCAAAACCAAGCUAACAAGUGUGUCUAUGAAAGCUUACCUAGUCAGAAGAAUAGUGUGGAAAAGUGAAAUAACAACACCAUAAGUGUUUCGCCGGAGCUUCUAUCUACUCAACUAUAUAGGCGAAUCGCGUAGUGCAUCUGUGCCCUGAAAACUGUUACGUCUAUGAGAAUAUAUCCAUAUGCAUACAUAGCCCCCUACUGUCUGUCGCUGACUACCAUUACUCAUCUAUACUAGGCAAAAGUGGUGAAACAAUACGAACCCGGAAAAGGAAGAUAUUUAAAUCAUAGAAAAACAACUGUCACCGUGCGUCUGCUGGUGAAGAAGCGAGUGUUUGGUGGAAAAGUUAAUUGUUACUAGUGGGGGAAACGACGAGAAGAGAAAAAAAAACGAACGGAAAAACCGACUAGUGGCUUCCGCACUGUGGCUUUUGUUUUGAGAAGAAGAACAAUCGCAAGGAAUACACACUCCAGUUGGCGCAAAUGUGAACGGUGGUUUGAAUGGAAUUUUCCGGCAGAAGAUAAACCAAACGAAAACUGCAACAAUAGUGUUAUCUGCAUUGCUGAACCGCAGUGGAAUCGGGCGGAAUUGGUGAAAUUGUGGGAUAAACAUACCAUCCAGUAUCAAUGGUCUCUUCGUGCAUCGAAUUUAUCACAACACCCAACGCUGGAAUUGCUGAAGCACUACGUAUAAGAUAAAAAAAAUCGCUCAUUGUGUGUUAUAGCAGCUAUCGAUUCACAUAAUUGUUAUUUUGUGAUAAAGUAUAAAACAAGCACCAGCUGGUGGUGGCGAUAACAAUGCAUCAAAUCCCAACAACAAGGCCGAAACCGUUCGACUUUGAGUGAGUAUUUGUGGUUGUCUAUUAAUAAUAAAAAACCAUAAAAUAAUAACCAUCGGCGGAUUGAAAAAAUAGUGAGAGCGGCUUCAACCGCGUACUGCGGUACGAUAAGCAGCGGAUAAAUUGUGCGCCAACCAUCGCAAUUGCACCCGACAAUAUCAAUGCACGGUACGGAAAACGGGGUGGAAUCAAUCGACAAGUGAUUGCGGCUCCAUUCAGGAUUUCGUUUGAUCCAGAAUCCGGCGCCGCAGACGGGGUGCAGAACUGAUUUUAAUCAGUUGGUGUAGGGGAGGAAUCCGAUGGCCGGAGGGAAAUUAAUAGCGGAGUGCGGAAAAGAAGAGAAAUUGUGGAAAUAAAAAUAAUUGAAAUUUAUGCCGAUUUUAAUGGCAAAUGGUUUGCACGUAGCUGUGAUGGGGUGCUCGGUGUGGUGCGGAAAUAAAUUUUGCCCAGGUGACGCAAACCAAACCAAGUCAUUACCAGUGUUGUAAAAUUACUCCGGUGAGUGCGAGUGUCGCAGUAUCUUGGGGAGGAAAUUGGCAAUGGAAUUAUAAGCCACCGGUAAUAACGGAAGAUUAAAAGAAAGGGGCACCUCCCAGGAUUGCUAAAAAAGUAUAAAUGUAAGGGUAAUGUUUCAAGUUGGAAGGAAAAGUGUGAAGCUGAUUUAUGAUCCGUGAAGUGAAACAUAAACGGAAGGCACAAAAGAAGUAUACAGAAAAAGAGGGAAACAAAGUGUUGUAAGAUGUGCCCAACUGAAUGGAAAACCAACUCAAAGUAAAACACAUUUUUCGAUUACAACCGUCUCUUCUGUCUACAUAUAUAAAAAAGUGUCUGGAUUGCGAGUACUACGAGGUGGUUAUAAUCUCCACUCAACCGAUUUCCUGGAGGGUAUCGCUUGUUGCAAAUCAAUUUCUCUUGAAGCAGCAUCGAAGCAGAAAAGCUUGCAGACGCUAUUAGAAAACCAUAAGCUGCAGUGCCAGAAACAUCAUCUGUGACGAGGAAGAUAUUGUUUAGACGAAACGUGACCAUAAAUUAAGGCAGCCAAAAACGACGCCACCUCUUAGCAACUGCCACCAAGAAAUCAACAACAACAACAACAACAACUGCAAGUCGAUCCAUCAGAGCCCAGCUUCAGCAUGCCACCGGCGAAGAAACGACACGUCCCCUCCCAUCCCUGACAGAUCCCUUGCCUUCCGUCACACACGUGGCCAAGAUGAUGACUUCUUCGUCAUGCGAUUUCCAUGCAAAAGCAAACAUUUCUUCUCUUUUGUCACCCAUCAAGAGUGACAGCGGCUUGUCAGUUCCCUCCCACGAAAGGAUGUAGUGAGCCCUUCAAGGCGGCGCAGAAAACCACAAGGUUCCUCCGAGACUCGGAUCGGGAGUUUUCGAAACAAAAUCGCAAAAAUUCAAAUGGAAACGGAUACGCUUAACCGAAACACAACCACUCACACAGAUCAGCAGUGAUUUUUUAGGUAAUCAUACAUUUUUAAUUUCAUUUUUAUACGAGAUUAUAUUUGAACCAAGGAAGCUUAUAUUGAGUGAAUUUAUGACGAAAACGACAACAAUCGAUACCGGGUCAACGUUGUGAAUACAAAAAAUCAAGCCAUGCGAUUGUUAACUUUGUGUUAGUUAUGCUCACCCGUCAUUACACAAACUCACACAAACGCCACAAAGUCACAGUCCCAUCAGUUAGGAUUGAUAGGUAGAGAUAAUUUGUUGAUAGACCGUGACCAGAAGACAUAAGUUUCAUAGCAUUUCCGUGACUCAAAUGGGAAAAUUAUUAGGUCUCCGGUCCUCCAUGCCCUGCCCGAAGUUGCCAUAAUGAAGUGCAGGGAGGGCAAGAGCCACACAACAACAAAAAUACUAAAAUAAUGAUCAGACAAUACUCAUGAAUAAGUUAGUAGGCAACUAGUUGCUUGUGUAGGUAGUGCAAACAAAGCAGAGCAAAAAUAAAGGAUAUCGAUUUAUUUAUUCGGAUGAGAAGUAUUUUAAAAACGGGAGAUCUAGCGGAAAUGUGUAAAACGAUUCUGUCCAGUGUAGCGUAGAGAUGUUGAUGGUCGUUCUAUGGAAGGUUUAUCAAGGAUCGAUGUGAGAAUUAUGUAACGUGAAUUUAGGUUCGGUGGAGCUUAGUAGGAAUUGUUGACGGUCAUUUUUUGAGGUUAACAUUUGGAACUGUUUUACUUCCACGGGUCUAACGUCUCCGCACUUUCCGGAGCCGAGAAUUGGAAGCUUGUUCUUUUGUACACGGGUAGAGAAAGCAAUCCGUUAAUAUUAUCAUUUUUAAUCUAGUGCUGGAGAACGAUGAUUUCGAAAGUUUUGAUAUCGAUAAGUGUUGAUUUGAUGAGUUUUGCUCGGUCCAAUUAAAAGAGCUGGUAGUUUUUUCAUACGAAGAGCAGAGAUAUUUUUGACGAGAUUUUUUAAGUCCAGAGCCUGAUCAACGAGCAAGAUAUCACUAGCGAAUUGCCAUUUCCACAUACAAGCGAAAACUCACUGUUAUAAAGAAGAACAACAAUCGAAAGUGUUUAAAUAUUGUUGUAUUUGUUACCUAUUCUAAGUCUAGGCAACGUUAAGCUACCAAUCAAAGUUUCAAAAGGCGAGCAACCGAAGGAAUUUUAUAUUUGAUUUUUAUACGAAACAGCCCUAGGAAUUAUUGAAACGCUAUAACCAAAACAACAAGGACUUGAAAAGGCAUAAAGGGUAGAUGUUGGCAUUGCAGCCAUUUUCUAACAUUUUAUACAACAAAAGAAAUACAAACAAAGUGCAACAAGCUACUGAGAAACAGGUAGUCAUCUAAGGCAACUAAUCGUAUAGAACAGACAUACAUACCAAAGUAUUUUAGAAAGUACGCGUCAAUGUUAGAUGAACCAGGUGGUAUUUUGCGCUUGAAGGUGUUAAUUUUCUAGGGAGCUUUAACCGUCUGUAACUGUACUUUACUGUUAGAAGAGGUCACACUAACACUAAGAACACGAAACACACAUCUACUAUUACACCAUUUUACCAAGUAACUGCAACAAGCCCACACGAAACGAAAGAUCUUAAUUUUAAAACCAAGGGAGUCCCUUACACUAGGAAACCUUUUAAAAAAUCUAAAAGUCUUUAUUGUUGAUAAUCUGAUGAUUAGGAGCACCAAACGAAAACCAAACCUUUUUUGAUAACUGUCUACAAGCUGUUUAGGUAUUAACAAAGAGAAAACAUGUUUAAGCUUUAUGUCGCAUGUGAGUAACCCCCUUACUCCCUCCCCCGACUGUCGUAGUCUACGCGUAACCGUGGCUUGAACGUGCGAAAUUGAUGUAACAUAGCGUAAAGCUGAAUUGGAAUCGAAUCUACCAGCACAAUCUCUCUCUUUUCGAUUGAUCGACAUCACGACACUCACACUCAUAAACAGACACUGUAGUAGCGCAACACUCGAAGCGACACGCACAAUCGGCCGCCACUAUGUAUGCAGCAGCUGGAGGUGCCUCGUUGGCCUCCCGCCAGGCUCGUAAGAAACAGGCCGCCCAGAACACCAAGAACAAGGCUACCAACCAGCAGAUCCUGCGGGAGAAGCUCGCUGCCAAGGCGGUCACCACACCGACCAAAAGUAAACAAUUUCACCAGUUACCUGCCUCGUAUCUGCGGGCGCCCCAUCAGCACCAUCGGAAGCUCAGCGCCGGAUACACGACCGUUCCCGGUUUCGACCAGCACCAGAAAUCGUUGGUACCUAUCAGUGAACAAUCUUCUUCAUCCCAUGGAGCUCAUCCGCCUCAUACGCCCCAUCAUCACCACCAUCACCAUCAUCACCAUCCGGGUCAUCCGGGUCCAUGCUAUGCCGUUCAUGGGCCAUCGGGCGGAAGUGCUGGUGCAAGUGCCACCGCCGCUACCGCCCAUCCCUCAUUCCCAAAACCGACCGGAUUCCGCGAAUACGACAAACUGGUAAGACGGCAACAGCUAACCAAGUCUGCAACCGCCACAUUGCCACUGGUUUCACAAGCACAAGAUCUAACACCACCACAAACGCCUACCGCUACCCUCUGCUUCGCCGAUCAACAACAUCAGCAGUCCACACUUCAUCUCGCCAGCCCAAAUCCCAACACAUUCUCACAGCCCCUUCACCUACAAAUACCCACCAACGAUCCGAUCAUAAUUACACCGGCCACACCGCAGGCCACCCCACCGGACAAGCUCAACCUUCAGUUCACCACCACCACCGCCCCCGAUGCCCCCGCCGUCGAUGACGAGGGACGGCCCCUAACCCCCACCCCUGGUGCGCUGGAGCGCAAGUGCAGCGUCUACCGGAGCCGGAGUAAGCACGAGCCCUUCGAGGAACACCUGCCCUACAACCAAUCGACAAUAAGCAGCCAUCAGGAGGCCGUAUACUACGCUCAGCACCAGCUCCCGAACGGCGACCAGCAACAGGCGUACGUCUGCAAGUGGGACACCGAGUACUACUGCUGCGACGCCGAACACCGACAGUUGGGCGUCUGUACCUGUGAUCACAUCGAGUGUGCCCAAGGACGUGCCGCAUGGCUGGAACGCGGUAGGCGAUGCAGCGUGCAAGAAACACCCGCCUCCUGCCAUCGACGAUGGGUCAAACGUAAUCGGAUACAAGACUCAUCCGUUGGUGGCUCCUCGGACGAUGAGGACUUACUCGGUGUGCUGAGAGGCCCCAGUUCAUUCGCCAAUGCCUUCCUUUACGUAGGUUUAGGUACGAUAGCAAUUGGAUUAGUAAUAGCGUUCGUCGGUACCGGCGAGAAAGGAUUCAAAACGGUUGAACUAAGACUAAUCGGGCCGUCGUUAAUCGGUCUCGGCUUAUUUUGUUGUAUAUUGCGUAUCCUGUUUUGUAUAUGCCCGUCGCACUGUUUAUCAUCUAGUCGUAGAGCGCGAAAUAAGAAAAACGCUAAAAUAGAUGCCGAUCACCGGACUUCCCUGCUGCGUGGCGACAGCAAACGAGUAUCGAUAGCACGCGGACCUCACAUACCGACUAAACAGCCACAGAUCUACCCUAAGUCGAUAGUGAAAACCAAGACGUACGAGGGCGUGGAAGCACUUCGGCAAAUAGCAACUACAUCUUUGUUUCUUCAGAACGAGCAAAAAGUAUCAUCCAAUCGCAUUGUCCCUAUCAUCAAAGAACCAGAAAAAGUAGAAGAACCACCUUUAGAGCUAAAGAAGAUCGACCCCCUCAAGGCUGAUACGCUUAGUGUGAUAGAUAUCGUUAGUAUAUCGGACGGCGAAGAAGACGACGAUGACCGAAGCCACAAGCACCACCCGCAUGCCCCCGGCAAGGUUUCCGAUACUCAGGUGAUAGACCUUACCGUUGAGGAUGACCAUUCGCAUUCAGUUGAUUCCCACCACCAGCGAAAGGACAGCAAACUCCGGAGGCAGCGAACCUCCGUGAAUCAGCAGAAAUCCGAACCUGGGUCGUCAUCGCUAUCACCGCCCGGUGGGAGUGGUGCCAGUCCUGGCAACGGAAGUCUCCUGAUGGAAACCUCGCUGAUGAUCAUCGGCGCAACGCCGGUGAGUUCGCCAACCAAACCAGUGCAACAAUCAACCCUCACGGUACCGAUCACCACACCGCUGGACGGAGUGCCCAAGUCGUCCGCUGGUAGUGGAUCGCUGCUGACAGUGCUGCCAACACAAUCAACCUCGUCCACGUCCGCCUUCGGAGCGAUCGUAGCUCCCAGCAUAAACAACAACCACACGCAGGUGCCCGGAUCACUAUCACCGCUGCCGUCGACCUCGUAUCUACCCAGUGCGGCAGCGCUUAUGUCCCACAUUUCCCCCCUGACGACACCGUACAGCACUUCCGGUCUCACGCAUAACAGUAGUAGUAGCAGUAGCAGCUAUCUCCUGUCGCCACCGCCCAUAGGGGGCAGCCACCUGGGCUCGUCGGGCCAUUCUUCACCCAAUCAGUACGACCCGCUCACGCUAGGUACCAAUACAGUCACCACGACAUCUCCAUUGCUACAAUCAUCCCCAUCAGCCGCGACCACUACCAAGAACGAACCGGAACUAGUGUUAAGUCCAGCGAAAUUAGGACAGUAGGCUAUAACUUUACAACACAAUAUAUAGAAGAAACAGAAAGAAACAGAGAACUUUUCCUAUAUGAACACUUAUUAGAAGGAAGCAAUACAGCGCAGAAUAGGGCUAGAUGCAAUGAAAACAGUGCACAACGGAGAAUUGAAGCAGAAAACGGAAAUGUCGAACGCGGACUGAGAAAAAAAGAGUAACUAAGAACGAUACAGAGGUGACCUAAUUCCACAAGAUGGAAACCCUAAGCGACCAAUCAAUUGAUCGGAUGAGACUUACACGAUUGUUUCGUUGCAGAUGUGAAUGAAAAACUUAUAGAACAUGGUAUUUUCGAUUGUCAUGUUUCCAAAAAAUUUACUCCUCGUUACGUGCUUCUAUUUAAGAUUUUUUUACCCCGAGCAUUAUAUCACCCGCAAGUAGAGUUUCUAUUUCCUGGCCGUUUUCGCUGUCCCGGAAUUUGGAAUGAAAUUUUUCGCAUAUCCAGGGAUUUUUAGAUGUUCAUUGAAAUCGGUUUCAUUCAAUGUUCAGCGGUGAAAUUCAUAUUUAAAAAAGCCUGAUAAUACAGAGUUCAAAUUAAAACUCAACUUAAUUUUAAUGUGAAUCGUAAUACAACUUCAAGAAGCAAAUAAUAUUCAUAUUUUUCGGAAAGAGUGCGGUUUUUGGAACAGAUUCUCGCUGAGUCCGAGAAGACGCAUUGGAUAUCGGCCGAAGAAGCAUUGUUUUGAAUAUAUUUUUAUUUAUUACCAGACUAAGGCCGGACUGGCCUGUGCAAUACAUAAGUCGUCUCCAUUCAGCUCGGUCCAUGGCUGCACUUCGCCAACCACGCAGUCUGCGGAGGAUCUGCAAAUCGUCCUCCACCUGAUCGAUCCACCUUGCCCGCUGUGCACCUCGCUUUCUUGUUACCGUCGGAUCGUUGUCGAGAACCAUUUUCACCGAAUUACUGUCCGGCAUUCUGGCUACGUGCCCGGCUCACCGCAGUCUUCCGAUUUUCGCGGUGUGAACGAUGGAUGGCUCUCCCAACAGCUGAUGCAACUCGUGGUUCAUUCGCCUCCUCCACGUACCGUCCUCCAUCUUCACCCCACCAUAGAUGGCACGCAGCACUUUCCUUUCGAAAACUCCCAGUGCGCGUUGGUCCUCCACGAGCAUCGUCCAGGUCUUGUAUCCGUAGAGGACUACCGGUCUAAUAAGCGAUUUGUAGAUUGUCAGUUUGGUACGGCGGCGAUCUCUAUUCGAUCGGAGCGUUUUGCGGAGUUCAAAGUACGUACGAUUUCCUGCCAUGAUGCGUCUCCGAAUUUCUCUGCUGGUAUCGAUAUCGGCGGUCACCAGUAAGCCCAAGUACACAAAUUCUUCAUUUUUUAUUUAUUUAAUCAGACUAAGGCCGAAGUGGCCUGUGCGGUAUAUAAGAGUCUUCUCCAUUCGGCUCGGUCCAUGGCUACACGUCGCCAACCACGCAGUUUACGGAGGGUCCGCAAGUCAUCUUCCACCUGAUCGAUCCACCUUGCCCGCUGCGCACCUCGCCUUCUUGUGCCCGUCGGAUCGUUGUCGAGAACCAUUUUCACCGGGUUACUGUCCGACAUUCUGGCUACGUGCCCGGCCCAUCGCAGUCGUCCGAUUUUCGCGGUGUGAACGAUGGAUGGUUCUCCCAACAGCUGAUGCAAUUCGUGGUUCAUUCGCCUCCUCCACGUACCGUCCGCCAUCUGCACCCCACCAUAGAUGGUACGCAGCACUUUCCUUUCGAAAACUCCCAGUGCGCGUUGGUCCUCCACGAGCAUCGUCCAGGUCUC